GGGAUUCAGUGUUCGCUCUGCCUUACCGCCUACCAUCCCUGGGACGCGUCUUGUUUCCUCCGGUGAUUCGCAGCAAUCAAAGUCUCCAUUGAUGGCCAUAGGGAAUGGAUCCCUUCGCUUCAUCUCAUCAAGCAACAGGUGAGGGCAUGGUCCUAUCACCUGGGACACAUUCACUGUCGGAGAGUUCUUACACAGCUCAUCCACGUUUUCUCGAAUUACAAGAGGAGCUUCGAAGUGCUCUUUUCACAGCUGUUGCUGAUUCAACCUCAAAACAAUCAUACCUCGUCGAGGCGCCAACCGAGCCAGGGCUCUCGGAGCUCCGGCGUGACGUAGAUCUCUUUGCGAGGUCUCCCGUACCCAAGGCGCGAUCGAUCAACUAUCUGAAGAAUUGGAUCACAGAAUGCGCGCCCUAUCUCGACAAAUUCGACGAAGCCCGCCACUUUGGGGUCCACAUUCCGAUUUUAGCGCGAGAAUCCCCCGGAUUAUUCUACGCCAUCCUUGCCUUUUCUGCCCGGCAGACGGAAAGGAAAGCGGGUCUCCGCAACUGCCAUGACAGCCUCGAGCUCUAUCAGGAGUCAAUCCGUUGGGUAUCUCCCGGCCUGCAAGCAAAAGACCCAAAUGUGCUGGUGACCGCCUGUAUUUUAGCAGUCAUGGAGUUAAUGUCCGUCAGUCCGCAGGACUGGAGACGUCAUGUCGAUGGCUGCGCGGCUUUAUUUGACUGCUUCAGUGUCAAUGGGUUUUCUGGAGGUCAUUUACAGGCUGUCUUCUGGUGCUAUGUCCGGAUGGAAUUGUGUGGAGUGAUCGUUUCCAACGGUGCAGAGAGGACGGUUCUUCCUCUCGAGAAGUGGGUGCCUGCUGGAUCUAUGGGCCAAGCUUCGGAAAGUAUUGAGGACAACGAAAAACGAGUUCGGGAGCUAUUUUUGGAACAGAGCCGCCUGACUCCAGAUAUGCACGCAAACUGGGCCGUAUAUCUGUGCGCCAAAGCAUGCGAUCUAGUGUGCAGGCGCACAAGGCACUUGGAGCUAGGAGAAUACGACACGACCGACCCGCGACCGUUCUCUGAGCAAUGGAACCGACUAUGGGAUGAGCUGCAAUAUUGGCUGGAACAACGCCCGAUAGCGAUUCUCCCCGCUAAAUCUACCAGUAUGCAGGGCGAUCGCAUGUUCCCGGAGAUUUUCUAUGCUCACCAGGCAGCUAUCUCCAGUAAUCAAUUGUAUCACACAGCCUGCAUCCUGUUGCUGGAGAUCAAACCCCCUGUCACACUGCUCCCCCCGUCAAGUCACUUAGCCUCCUCAGUUUGGCACGCAAGGCGGGUGUGCGGCAUUUCGCUGACCAAUCCACAUCCGGGUAACCUCAUCAAUGCUAUUCAGCCGUUAUAUAUCGCCGGAAAGCUUUUGACUCAUCGGCGUGAACAUAUAGCUGUGGCUAAGCUCUUCAAAACCAUUGAGCAAACAACAGGAUGGGGGGCGCUAUGGCGACUUAGGGACCUUGAAGCAGUCUGGGGCUAUGAGACGAACGAGAUUCUAUCAGCUAUCUGAUUACGAAGGUGUUGCCUUUGCCAUCAAUAAGAGGCUUGACCGUUUCCAAGUACAACAGGGGUUGCUGUUUCGCAAAUAGCUAAGACUACCUUGGCCUCAAAAACGCAUCUGGACGCGCAAGGCUUUGUGUCAGCAACUGUUGAAAGACUAUAGCCUUUAAACAGGCGAUUUACGCACCCCCAACAUAUAGUGCAUGUAUAUCGCUCCAAACAGCUGUGCUUCGUGAU